UGUGUGGCACUUGUACUGUCUCAACCGACUAGGAAACACCUUUACCAAGCCAUUAUUAUAUACAGGCGGUUCUUUGUGGAGUUACAAGCAGCAUGAACACACUUGGCGCAACUGUAUCGCCGGAAGAAGCGUCGUCCACAGCCAAAAUAUACGCCAUGACAGGUAUCAAGGAGGGGAAAGAUGAUAUAGGUCAAGGAGAUAGAUCAAGAAAGCAUGGAUGCACCUGUGAAUACACCAAAGAGAGAAUACGGAAGUUCACACAAGAAACAUCUAUGCACGGGGUACGCUACACAGGGAUGACUGACAUACACUCUGUUCGAAGGAUUAUCUGGACGGUUCUCGUUCUUUGGUCCUUGGGGUGGCUAACUUACUUUUUGUACACCAGUGUUGUAAAAUACCGGGCGUUCAACGUGAACACACUUUUAUCAAUGAAGUACACUGAUGUUCUGCUUUUCCCAGCCGUGACCGUGUGCAACUACAACAGAUACCGGAAAUCGUACAUACAGGGGACAACUUUUGCUGAAUGGCAGCAAACACUAUACCACCCUAUAAACCUGAUACACGGUUCAACCACAAUCAACUGGACCACUGAUGCUGCCAUUGAAGAACUAGCGAAGAACAGGACAUAUUUAGAACUUUCUGCUGCUCAUCAGAAGGAAAGCAUGAUUUUAGAGUGCAAGCUCGGAAGGGCCAGCUCCGGAUGCAAUGCGGUAGAUAACUUCACAACCACUUUAACCGACUAUGGAGUGUGUUACACUUAUAACAAUGCCCUUUCUAAUCAUAUGUUGGUUACAGAGAGUGGUAGCCGACAUGGGCUUUCACUUACUCUUAAUCUCGAACAGGAAGAGUACACAUAUGGACAAAACUACGGAGCUGGCUUCAAAAUUGAUAUCCGAUACAAACUAUCCAAUGUUUUGAUUCUGUGUACACAUCUGACAUGUGUUGUUUUUGUUGGUUUUAUUGGUAUUGGUCGUUAUCGUUAUCGUUACCUCAACUUGCAGAUCCUUGUGCAUUUUCCUGGGGAUGUACCUCUAGUUACGGACUUCGGAACGGCCGUGUCCCCUGGUACAGAAGUAUUUAUGCCUGUUCGUUUAGUUGUGGAAAAAAACAAGGAGAGUCCUUACAGAACUAAUUGUACCAACGUCAGCCUUGAAUACUAUGCCCAUUAUACAAAAAGUAACUGCAUCAUGGAAAAAGUUACGCAAAUGGUUGUAUCAAAAUGUGGUUGUCGUGAACCAUAUAUGCCAGGUGAAUAUAUGAUGUUACGAGACCUCAUUGGCUCAAAAGCAGAUGAACGGGCAAUUAUUUGGCGUGAUGCAAUCCUCAUGCAGCUCGUACGCUCACUCGUAGGUUUUAUUUUAAUAGUGCUGCUACCUAAAAAAAGCAACAAAGAAUUAGAAAACGUUGCAGUUUUGCAUGUAUUUUAUGAAGAGUUAAGCUUUAUGUCAAUUGAACAGAGCGCUGCAUAUAAUGGCAUGGAUUUUUUAGCUGACUUUGGAGGGCAGAUGGGACUCUGCGUUGGAGCAAGCCUUCUGACUGUAUGCGAAGCAUUUGAAUUCGUGUUUAUCGGAAUAUGGAAAAGACUUUGCCGUUGA